GCGCUGUAGAUCCCUCAUCCAUCCGUAUAUAAUCCCAGAGAUGGAAGGAAAAUGGGUGGAGAGCUCUGAUUUGUGGAGAAGAUAAGCCGCCGCGAGGCUGGGCGCCGGCAACCCGAAGCACGGACGGAGAGAAAGAGUUAGAGAUAUAGAGGCGAGGGCGAGAGCCACGCGAGCUUCGGGCGAGGAGAGAAAGAGAGAUUUUUGAGAGGGUUCAGAGAGCUUGAGAGGAGAACGAUUAAGGGUUUUUUUAAUAUAAGAGUUUUUAACUAGAGAGAGAUUUGAGAGGAGCACGAGGAAAGGAUUUGUGGAGUAGAGGGUUCUUUCUGGUCAGAUUGAGUGGGAGUGAGUGCCCGCCUUUGCUGAUUCUUUUCAUCUGUCUCGGUCCUUUUGGCGAACAUGGCGACCAAGCUUGUGAUCCUUGGAAUUCCCUGGGAUGUAGAAACUGAAGGGCUGAGGCAAUACAUGAGCAAGUUUGGGGAGUUGGAUGACUGCAUAGUUAUGAAGGAAAGGUCAACUGGUCGAUCUCGUGGGUUUGGUUAUGUAACAUUUGCCUCAGCAGACGAUGCAAAGAAUGCACUUGAAAGUGACCAUGUUCUUGGAAAUAGAACUCUUGAAGUAAAGAUUGCUACUCCGAAGGAAGAAAUGAGGGCACCUGCUAAGAAAUCUACUCGAAUUUUUGUGGCCAGAAUACCACAUUCAGUCACAGAGUCAAUGUUCCGAAGUUAUUUUGAAACAUAUGGAGAGAUAACAGACUUAUAUAUGCCAAAGGAGCAAGGUUCAAAAGGGCACCGUGGAAUUGGAUUCAUCACUUUUUCUAGUGCUGAUUCUGUAGAAACCUUGAUGGCUGAAACCCAUGAGCUUGAUGGUUCAACAGUCGCAGUUGAUCGUGCCACCCCAAAGGAGGAGCAUCCAAAAUAUCCAAGUCGACCGGCACAGGGUGGAUAUGGCGCUUAUAAUGCUUAUAUUAGUGCUGCAACUCGCUAUGCGGCUCUUGGUGCUCCGACAUUGUAUGACCACCCCAAUCCUUAUGGAAGAGGGUUGCAUGAAAGUCCUCGGGGAAUGGGCAAAAAAAUAUUCGUUGGCAGACUUCCGCAAGAAGCAAGUUCUGAUGAUCUUCGCCAAUACUUUGGAAGAUUUGGUCGUAUCUUGGAUGUUUAUGUUCCUAAGGAUCCAAAAAGAACUGGUCAUAGAGGCUUUGGUUUUGUUACAUUUGCCGAUGAUGGUGUAGCUGAUCGCGUUUCGCGGAGAACUCAUGAAAUCCUUGGACAAGAGGUGGCAAUAGACUCCGCAACCCCACUUGAUGAUGUUGGUGCUAGUGCCGGCUUCAUUGACCCAACUGCGGCCUAUGGUGGUUAUGGCCCUAUACGCUCUUAUGGCCGACUUUAUGGGAGCCUGGAUUUUGAUGAUUAUGGUUAUGGAGCAAGUGGAGGCCACAGGUCUGCAAGGAUGGAUUGGAGGUACAGGCCAUACUAAGAAUUCUGAGCCAUUUCAGUCAAAUUUUCUUGCAGGCCACUUUAAUGGCGAACAAUGGCUUCUCUUGGUUCAUUUGGAGUUACAAUUAAUAUUACUUUUUUUCUAUUAUUUAGGUAAGAUUGUAGAACAUGUAAUAUUCUAUAGUGCUGCCUACGCUUCAGAAUUUAUUGUAACUUAACUGGUUUUCAUUUCCUUCUGCUGCAAGUAAAUGCUGAGGAUUUUAUGUUUUAUGUGAACGUUUGAAGCAUUGAAAAUAUUAAUCUGAGCUAAUGAAAACCAUGAAAGGGCUACAUUUGUACUGUCU